AUGUCGCACGCACUUUCGGAUGACCAGGAAUUCGCCAUUGAGAAAUCUAAGCUCGUCCGUCAAGAAACUUCCUCCAUCGACACGCAAUAUGAGAAGAAAUUCAAGACCGCCCGCAUGUCCCAACAAAUCACUCAGUCGACUGUCGCAAACAAGACUCGUCUCAAGGUUCUAUCUGCCCGUCAGGAACUUCUCGAUGGCAUCUUCGAACAGGCGCAGGGAAAACUCAAGGAAGCUACGAAUGAUAGGGGUAAAUAUACGGAGAUCUUGAAGAACCUUUUGUUGGAGGGAAUGUAUGCGCUGAACGAGGGAAAAUUGCAAGUUAGAGGGCGAAAACAGGAUUAUGACCUCAUCAAGAAGGCAAUUGAGGAGGCGCAGAAGGUGUACAAGGAGAAGAUGAAGAAGGAUGUGACGGCGAGUAUAGAUGAGAAGAACCCUUUGCCGGAAGAAUCUGCUGGUGGUUUGUCUAUUAUUGGCGGAGGAGGCAAGAUUGAUAUCAACAAUACCUUUGAGGAGCGUCUGAAGUUGCUCCAGGAUAACGCAUUACCCUCUAUUCGAACCACAUUAUUUGGUCCUAACGUUAACCGGAAAUUCUACGAUUAG